CUGUUGUGUGUUUUUCCUUUUAGACCAAAAUUGGGUCUGGAAAGCUCAUGGGCCCUAAAGGUGUUUCAGUGGAUCGUAAUGGACACAUCAUUGUAGUGGACAAUAAAGCAUGCUGUGUCUUCAUUUUCCAGCCAAACGGAAAAAUAGUCACCAGGUUUGGAAGUAGAGGAAAUGGUGACAAGCAGUUUGCAGGUACACUUGAUGGUCCUCAUUUUGCAGCUGUAAACAGCAACAAUGAAAUUAUCAUUACAGAUUUUCAUAACCAUUCUGUCAAGGUAUUUAACCAGGAAGGAGAAUUCAUGCUGAAGUUUGGAUCAAAUGGAGAAGGAAAUGGGCAAUUUAAUGCACCAACUGGAGUAGCAGUAGAUUCUAAUGGAAAUAUUAUUGUAGCAGAUUGGGGAAACAGCCGAAUACAGGUUUUUGAUGGAAGUGGAUCAUUUUUAUCCUACAUUAACACCUCUGCUGACCCACUUUAUGGUCCUCAAGGUCUGGCUCUUACUUCAGAUGGCCACGUUGUAGUCGCAGACUCCGGAAAUCACUGCUUCAAGGUCUAUCGAUACUUACAGUAGCAAUGAGCUCUGGAGCUGGAUAAUUACCCACCCUUAAGAAAAGACUUGUCCUAGAGAUCCAGUGCAGGAUAUCUCCUACUUUGCAUUCAUUUUUAAUAACAAAGGAGUCUCUUACGGAUUUCUUGUGAUAAUUUCCAAACUUACCUUGUUUAUGUAGGACUUGCACCUCUUACGUUUCUCACUAAACUUCUUGUUGUAAGUGUUAUUUAAAAAAAUCCUCUGUAACUGAAUUCAUAAAGACCAUAUGAAAUUAAACACAAACCACAACCUAUGAAAUUAGAAUUAACUAAUAACA